UACCGCUACACCGGGCAUUGCGCCAUGCGGACAUAGGUGGCGGCCAUUUUCACGCGACGUGCCGAAAACAUAGUGUCAGUAUGUCAAAAAGAAAGCCUCAAGUAGAAGAGGAGAAAGACAAGUUGACGAGGAUUGCCAUCGUCAGCAACGACAAGUGUAAACCAAAGAAAUGUCGACAGGAAUGCAAAAAGUCUUGCCCUGUUGUCAGAAUGGGAAAGCUGUGUAUUGAAGUGACACCUGCAGACAAGAUAGCUUUCAUUUCUGAAGAUCUGUGUAUCGGAUGUGGUAUUUGUGCAAAGAAAUGUCCAUUUGAGGCGAUUACCAUCAUCAAUUUACCUAGUAACCUGGCAAAGGAUACAACACACAGAUACAGUGCCAACAGUUUCAAACUGCAUCGAUUACCAACCCCUCGUCCAGGAGAAGUUCUAGGUUUGGUCGGGACAAACGGUAUUGGCAAGUCCACAGCACUGAAAAUUUUGGCUGGAAAACAGAAGCCCAAUCUUGGACGUUUCGCUGAUCCCCCUGACUGGACAGAGAUUUUGACGUAUUUCCGUGGGUCAGAGUUACAGAAUUUCUUCACAAAAAUUCUUGAAGAUGACCUGAAAGCUAUCAUCAAACCACAGUAUGUGGACCAGAUCCCUAAAGCAGUGCAGGGUUCUGUACAGCAGUUACUGGACAAGAAGGAUGAUACAGGAAGUCAGAUAGACGUGUGCAAACAGCUAGAUUUGAUGCAUGUACGAGAACGAAACGUAGAGAAUUUAUCUGGUGGAGAGCUACAGAGGUUUGCAUGUGCAAUGGUCUGCAUACAGAAAGCUGAUAUAUUCAUGUUUGAUGAACCAUCAAGUUACUUAGAUGUGAAGCAGCGUCUUAAAGCUGCUAUUGCUAUCCGGAAUCUUGUGGCUGCUGAGAAAUACAUUAUUGUGGUAGAACAUGAUCUAUCUGUGCUCGACUACCUCUCUGAUUUUAUAUGUUGUUUGUAUGGCGUGCCUGGAGCAUAUGGGGUAGUCACUAUGCCCUUUGGGGUUAGAGAAGGGAUCAAUAUAUUUUUGGAUGGUUUUGUGCCAACUGAGAAUCUACGAUUCAGGGAGGUGUCUCUCACCUUCAAGGUUGCAGAGACAGCUAUGGAGGAGGAGAUUAAAAGGAUGUGCCGAUAUGAGUACCCGAAAAUGGUGAAAAAUCUAGGAACAUUUAGCUUGACGGUAGAACCAGGCCAGUUUACAGAUUCGGAAAUAGUUGUGAUGUUGGGGGAGAAUGGAACGGGAAAAACAACAUUUAUAAGAAUGUUGGCAGGAAAACUGACACCAGACAGUGGUGGUGAGUGUCCAAUAUUGAAUGUGAGUUACAAGCCACAGAAGAUCAGCCCAAAGUCACAGGGGACUGUACGUCAGCUGUUGCAUGACAGGAUCAGAGAUGCCUACAUACAUCCACAGUUUGUAGCAGACGUUAUGAAACCUCUACUCAUAGAGAACAUUAUGGACCAAGAGGUUCAAAAUCUGUCUGGCGGAGAAUUGCAGCGUGUAGCUUUGACAUUGUGUCUUGGUAAACCAGCAGAUGUGUAUCUUAUAGAUGAGCCCUCCGCGUAUCUCGACUCUGAGCAACGUCUUCAUGCAGCCAAGGUCAUCAAAAGAUUCAUCUUGCAUGCCAAGAAGACAGCAUUUGUUGUCGAGCACGAUUUCAUCAUGGCGACAUACCUGGCAGAUCGUGUAGUUGUGUUUGAGGGAUCUCCUGGUAUCAACACCGUUGCAAACUCGCCACAGUCACUGCUACAUGGUAUGAAUAAGUUCCUAGAGUUGUUGGAGAUCACAUUCAGACGUGAUCCAAACAACUUCCGUCCCCGUAUCAACAAGCUCAACUCUGUCAAGGAUACUGAGCAGAAAAAGGGAGGGAACUAUUUCUUCCUCGAAGAUUAAGGCGUCCUAGUGGCGCCUUCACAACCACUCGCUGUUGGGCCCAGCCUGCAAUAUGGGAAAGGAGCUGUUACUUCGAAUACCUGGGGUCAAGGUCAGAUUUCUACAAGGUCAACUACUUUUCAACUGUCCAACUGUUCAAGAAGACUUUACUGCUAUUUAACUUGUCCACCACAAUUAAAUGUUGAACAAGUGAGAGAAUGUUCAUUACUAUUAAAUGACAUUGCUUACACAAAAUGUGGAAACCAAGGUUUUGCAAAGCACUUUAAUUUGUAUGGGAAAAUCUUAGACAGAAUUGUUCUGUAUGGAGAUGAAUUCAAGAUCUUGAAUCCAUGGCAACAACCUUUGACCUUGAGGAGAUACAUAGAUGAGGAAGUACAGUGUAUAUGCAGGGGUAUCUAUUGCAGGCUGAUAGGGUGGUUAGUCAUGUGUAGUUUCACAGUAACAGGAAUACUUGGUACAGCUAGUUUCAGUUUUUCACAAUUGCUACCCUCCUGUUACUAUGACAACUAUUUUGGCCCCAUCAUUGUUUUGUCUUUUUUGCAUCCAAUUAUUAAACAAGAAUUUUUUUUUGGUUAAGGAAGUGAAAGUCAAAUUAAGCAUUCCUUGUGUUAAAGCAAUAUUUUGUCCUCCCAGACCGCAAAAAUGAUUUCUUAUAGUUUUUUUUUAUUUGACGGGUUGAUCUUUGAUAUGAAAGGUUAUGUUUUGGACCAAAGAACCAGCAAGUUGAAUAAUUUGAUUAUUGGAUAAAUGCUUUAUCUUUGUACAUAAAACAUGUUUUUUGUUCUUUCUCUUGUUUUUGUUGAAGGGACUUUUAUCUUUGCUGUCAAUUCUGUUCUUUUUGUGGAAGGGAAUUCUACUUUUAUUGAGAAAUAAUCAAACUUUAUAAAAUUAACACCUUAAUUCAAAACUAAAAGAUUAAAUUCAGUUUGUUUGGAACUGAACAAUUAUAGAAUAAUAUGAUUAUAGUUAUAUAAAUGGCUUCAAAAUCUUAAUUGUUUAAUUGAUAGGUGUUUUCUUUUAUCUUCACUUCACUUUUAUGUUAAUUUCUUAGUAACUUCAUUUAUACAAUAGUAGGAGGUUAGUUGCAGCUGUGAAUAGAUUUUAAAUCAUGGUUAGCAAUCUCCGUGAACAUGCCCUUCCUUGUAAGAAAUAAAGGGUUCUUGAGAAUAUACCACAGUUUGAAAGUGGGAAAUUGGAAUUAGAUGUACCUAUAUUGUAAACUGUGAAACUAAACAUGACUGACCAGUAGUCCGGGAACUGUGAAACAAGGAUUUUAUCAUGAUUUGGGACAGAGAAGUCGGUUAAGAAGUGGUUUUAGUCUUUUAAAAACUGCUGUAUGGGACAACCGCAUUGUUCAACAAGUCUUUCAGUGGAAUAAAGUGUUUGGGGAAAACAAAUGUGGAAAGAAUUGGUGAAAUACAUUGAACAAAGAAAAGCUGUAUUCUUUGAGGAGUAGAAAUAGUACAGCUAUAAUUAAAUGAUGAGUCUAUAAAUCGUAGCAUUUGAUUGGUUGAAGCUGGUCUCCAAACUCGAAUUCCAAACACUUUAGCUUGGUCUGUGUUAAUAUUAAGUCCUGUAUUGAUGUAUGCAGACAGAAAUAUUGUGAUAUUUCAGCUAAAUUGUUUUAAGGCGUGAAUAAACAGAAAACAAAAAUGAAGAAAUAGCAAGUACAUGCGCUUUAAUUUUUUACAUAUUCUGUAGGAGUAAGUGUCAACAAGUCGCUGACGCUUCAACAUAUUUUUAAAAAGCCAAGUAAUUAGAUGAGAGUAUGCAUAUAUCAUAAUGUCUAGAGUUAGGCAUUAAUACUUGCAGGAAUUGACGAAAACUGUAACACAUCUAGAUUAAUAAGAAAAAUUAUAAUGUUGUUUUCAUCAAAAUGGACCAUAGUUAGAUCUGAUAAAACAUUCAAAGAUUUGACUCAAGUCUGCUUCCAGUGGAUGUGUUUGUAUGAUUUUGAGAAGGAAAUUGUAUGAUUCAAAUACAGCUUUGAGCUUUCCAUUUACAAAAUACUGAAAUAUGCCAAACUGGAAAACGGCCAGGCAGGUCAUAGGUCAUCAAGUUAUCUGGAAGCCUGCUUUGAUUUUUAGACAUGAUUUUCUUGUACAAAGUUUAAAAUAUUUAUUAUUGCUACCAAUACAAAGUGCUUUUUGUUAACAUAUAGUCUUGUUGAUAGUAGAAAAAACACUUGUCAAGAUGGUUAUAUUUUUUGUAAAAAUGAAGUUAUUAUGAAAUAAAUUCCUUCAAAGACAGAA